UCCAAAUCAAGGUUGCAACUGGAAGGGGAGAGAAGAAUAAUUCAAAGUCAAAUGCUCUACUUAUCAAUACCAAUUAAAUUACUAAUUUCACAAGUAUUGUAUUCCCUCCCUCCUAUCUCUGUCUCACUAAUUCUAAUUUCUGAGCCAACCUUUUCUCCAAAAUCAUUUUCAAUCAUUUGAUAACCUCAUGCCAAGAUCAGAUUGCAAUAUGUUUCUGCAACUCUUGUGUUUCUUGCAACUGUUUGUUUUCACCCUUGCAUCAUCAUCUUCAACCCCUCCAUUCUUCAGGGCAAAAGAAGGAUGCGAUGCAAAAUGUGGUAACAUUUCAAUUCCCUACCCGUUUGGGAUAAUAACACCAAACGGGUCUGGGUGCUCCAUUGAUGGUGCUGGGAUUGGUUAUGGACUUACCUGCAACACUUCAUUUCAACCUCCCAAGCUUUUCAUAGGCACGGGUAAUGUUGAAAUCAUAGAUAUAUCAGAAACCGAAAUUCGCAUCAAAAACACGCCAGCUAUCUUAUGUCACAAUAAAUCAGGUAACGUAUCAUUCGACAGAUCCAGGGCCUAUAUAAACAUCAGCGGGACUCCAUUUACAUUCUCUUACACCGAAAACAUGUUUUUUGCUAUUGGGUGUAACACAUAUGCAUCUAUAUUUGGACCUAACCUACAAGAUUACUCAAGCUCAUGUUCUUCAGAGUGUGAUAACAGGCAAAGUGUGGUGGAUGGAUCUUGCUUUGGCAAAGGGUGUUGCCAGAGUACCAUCCCCAAGGGGCUAAAUAGGUAUGAAACUAUGCUCUUGGUAUACAAGCCGCAGAACAUUUCUGCAACUUCAUCUUUUGAUCCUUGUAGUUACGGUUUCGUAGCUGAGCAAGAUCGCUACACGUUCAAUGCAUCAGAUAUCUUGGAUGGAAGUAAUUUCAUAAACAAAGGAGAAGAUAUACCUAUGGUGCUUGAUUGGGCCAUUGGGAAUAAGACUUGUGAAGAAGCAAAGAAAGAUUUGACCAAUUUUGCAUGCCAAGAAAAGAGUUAUUGCAUCAAUUCAGACAACAAUCCAGGAUAUCGUUGCACUUGCAGCGAUGGAUAUUUGGGGAACCCAUAUCUCAGUCCUGGAUGCCAAGACAUAAACGAGUGUGAGGCUCAAAGUCCUUGUGUAGGAAUUUGCACAAACACCAUGGGAAGUUACAUAUGUUCUUGUCCGGAAGGAAGUCGGGGUAAUGGGACAAGAGGAGGGAGUGGUUGCUUUCAAAACAAUCAAAAGUUUCCAGUGCUUAAGAUCUCUCUCGGUAUUGCUUUAGGAUUUUUCUUUCUAAUUAUCGGUACUUCUUGGUUAUACUUCAGUAUGAGGAAGAGAAACCAAAUCCUGCGCAAAGCUAAAUUCUUUCAAAAGAAUGGAGGUUUACUUUUAAAGCAACAAAUAUCUUCACAGGAGAGUAGUGGAGAGUCCUCAGCAAAGAUUUUUACAGCAGAAGAGCUAAAAUUAGCAACCAAAAAUUAUGAUGAAAAAUUGAUCCUCGGGCGUGGAGGUCAUGGUAUAGUUUACAAGGGAACUUUGUCUGAUAAUCGUAUUGUGGCCAUUAAGAAGUCUAAAAUAGCCGAUGAGAGUCAAAUUGAAGAAUUCAUCAACGAGCUUGUUAUCUUAACUCAGGUUAACCAUCGAAAUGUUGUGAAGAUUUUGGGAUGCUGUUUGGAGACUGAAGUACCUUUACUUGUCUAUGAAUACGUUUCAAAUGGCACCCUCUCACAACAUAUCCAUACAAGCAAGGAUGGUAUUUCUUCAUCUAUUUCUUGGGAAAGUCGGUUGAGGAUUGCGGCCGAAACUGCAGGAGCUGUUGCGUACUUACACUCUGCAGCUUCUGUACCGAUUAUUCACAGAGAUAUCAAAUCUGCGAAUGUACUGUUGGAUGAAAACUACACUGCAAAAGUUGCUGACUUUGGAGCAUCAAGAUUAAAUCCUUUGGAUCAAAACGAAAUAGACACACUUGUUCAAGGAACCCUAGGAUAUUUGGAUCCUGAAUACCAUCAUUCUGGCCAGUUGACAGGUAAAAGUGACGUUUAUAGUUUUGGUGUCGUUCUUGUAGAACUCCUAACAGGAGAGAAACCUAUUUCUUUGGAGAGAUCUGAAGAACAACGUAAUAUGGCAUCAUAUUUCAUUUCACUGAUGAAAGGAAACAAUGUGCUCCAUGUUCUUGAGACUCGGGUAUUGGCUGAAGGGAAUCGAGAGCAAGUCCUUGCAGUUGCAAAACUUGCAAAGAGAUGCCUCAGCUUGAAGAGUGAAGAUAGGCCUACAAUGAAACAAGUUGCUAUGGAGCUAGAAAGUUUGAGAAAAUCGCCAUCAUCAACACACACAUUAAUGCAGGAUCACUACCGUAAACACAAUGAAGGGCGAACAUAUUCAACAUCUGAGCCAACAGAUUUAUAUAAGGUACCAAUAAGCCACUACUCAGUCGGUGAUACAGAUCAGUUUAGUACAGAGAGAGAUAUGACUAUGUCAUUUACUCCAAGAUGAUUGUCUAAUUCACCUACACUGCCAUGUGGUUAUAUUUACCUAUUGGCAUCUGAAAUUGCCAAAUCUGACAUUUUCACUAAGCAAAUGUUUCCAAAUUGCUAGACACAACAAUCAUAUUGUGAAUCAAUUGUUUUGGUACAAAUACCUUGUAUUGUGGAUGUUCUAGAGUGUA